CGACUCCUUCUGUUCCGCUACCUCUCGGUGUCUGGACGGCCGGUGCGUGCCAGCGAACGUUUUGCAAGAUGCGAGAUUCGCCUCUCGCGACGAGGGAGCCCUCGUCGUGAGCGUCGAACGGACUCUGACCACUCUGGCGUAGUGUGUAGGCCGGGGCGCGCAUUACGUAAAGCCGUGGGAAAAUAAAUUGCGGGGGAAAGAAGGAAAACAAAGUGUAGGCGAAGUAGAGGCGAAGGGAGACGACGACCACCUUCUCUGUGUGUGCACACGUCACGAUGAGGAGAGCAUCGUUUGAUAAGCACGCCAACGCGAAGCGCAACGUUCUGAGCAGCGCGUCGUACGGGCUCACGUGCAGCAAGGAUGUCGAGUACAAGCGCGGCAGCGUGAACUAUAGCUCCCUGCAGCAGGAGAGGAAUUAUCUGCAGCGCAGCGUGUCCGCGGACAAUGUUAUAGUACGCUCGCGCGGUUUCAAGCCCUCCGACAGACACGACCCGGUCAAAAGGAACUUCCUCGAGAACCUCACUUCAAGGAUACUGCACUUCGACAUGGAGAGCGGCGAGACUACCCCGAUUAACCUGCAGAAGUUGCUCACUCCGGCGUCGGACUCUCACGAGAUGCUGCAUUCGAAAAACAGGAAAAUGUUCGCGUCCUCGUACUUCUAUGCGCCGACGCAUCCUACGGUCGAGGAUCAGGUCGAGCUGGCACGUAGGAUCUCGCACUCGCUGAGCGAUGUGAAGAACGUGAAGAGCAAAGGGCAGACCAUGUACGUGAACAGGAAAAAGCGUUCCGUCAAGUGGAUCCACGAUGGCAACGGUAUCGAGGACGAAGAGGAGUCGACCGUGCAGAUUCACAAGGACAAACUGCCGCUCAAGUGUGUGAUGAACCCAUGCGGUAAAGUGCUAGAUAUCCACGGUAUUCAGGCUUUAGGCGAGGAGGUGAACAUCGCGCCGGUGCCGAAGAACCCCGAGAAGCUCUUCGACAUCGUUCGUGACUUGAACAAUCAGAGAGGACGCGGUGCCGAGAUAUUUGCGAAACGCAGGAAAAGGUCGGAAAAGUGGGUGGUGGAUCAAGAACGGCCGCAAACACACCCGAGCACACCCGCCACACCGAAAACGCCGGUGUAUCCGGAGAAACUGGAAGUCAACGGUAACGCCAAGUUGAUGACGCCGACGUCCUUAACGCCUCGCACGCCGGUUAUCGACAAACCGUUCUACAAUCCUUUCACCGUAGACAUCAGCCUCGACGAAGCACCGGUAACAGACAGACGCCGAUCGCACUGCAACGCCAGCCGAUGCACCGCUCACUUAGGCGAGGUAAAAAAGAUCUACCUGCGGGAGAUCGCGGUCGGCACGGACUCCGACUUCCCUCUGGACCAGUCCCGAUCGCCCAUCGUCGAGAAGUCCCGACGUAUCGCUUUCGAAGGCACUAACGACUAUCGCGGUAACAAUGUCGCUAGUAACCGCGCUCUCGCUAUUAACAACAGCAGAUAUACUAAUAACAGCAACAACAAUUGCAAUUAUCAACCGCCACGGAGAGCGGGCGAUUUUUACGCCUCGCGCAACAACCACGAGAGAGACGUAAGGACGCAGCGACGUUUCGACAACAGGCGCAACGACAGCGUGAUCGAUCAUGCCGUGCUCGGCAAGAAGCAACGGAACGGCGGCCAGCCCGUUCCUCAUAAUGAGGAGAACGGCUACACGCCCGUGCCGGUGAAGCAACUGAUACAGGAAUUCGAGAAGACCUGCAGACCAGUCCUGCAGUACAAGCAGAUCAGUCCGAGGAUCAUUCCGAUCGUGCAACAAUGCCCGUUAGACAACGACAUAGCGCGUUUCUUCGCGACGAAAAAUCCCGCCAAGUGCAGCAACGAGGAGGAGGAGGAGGAGUACGCACGCGCGCGCGGAAGCUAUGAAGCUCCUGCCGCGAAAGCGCAGUCCCAACGGAAUGGCCGGCUGUACGGCGUGCGCGACAGCUACGAGAGACCCGCGAAACCGCCGCAGUGCAACGGCCGAUUGUGCGACGUGCGCGAGAGCUACAUCGAGGAAGCGACGAAGGCGCAGAGCAGGUGCAACGGCUACGUCUCCACGGACGAGAGCGAGUACACGACCGACAACAGCGACUCCGAGGCGGACGACUACCAGGAGGACGCGUACUCGCUCGAGCGCGGCGACUCCGCGCCGUCGGCGCUGUUCAACUACUGCGACAGCGAGUACUCGGUCGCGUACGACGACGAAUACACCUGCCGAGGGCGCUCGGCCGCGUCGCAGGAGCUGGAGGCCCUCUGCGCGAACGGCGACGCGAGAUUCGUCAACACCGAGACCGAGACGCCGGCGGAGGCGAAGUCGCUGAUGCUCUCGAUGGUCGCCUCGCAGGAGGAUAUACUCGAGACCAGGAAGCACUUGCGCAACACGCCGGUAUUGGACAAUCUCCUGGGCACCGUCACGCCGGAAUGCAAGCUCGCUGACGUUAAUCCGGAAUUAGGCAACAAGUUGUACGAGAACAACAGCUACACCGGUCCCAAAUUGGCCAGUCUCCACAACUUGACAAAUUACAACACGGCGCCACGCGGGUGGGAUCAGUCCCUCACAUUCUAUCGGCCUAUCAAGUUCGAGAAACCGCAGGAGAUCGUGUACUCCGACUUUUAGGCGUACGAUGUUGAAUUUCAUAAUCACGAUUUUAUCGCGCGUCACGAUAACGAGAAAUCGAUCCGACUCCUCCGAGGCGUCGACGAUGGGAACUAUUGAAACGUGUUUUUCGCACCAUUGCAUCCAUUUUCGCCACCGCCCCGAUUGAAGCCAAUGGUCCGCCGUUGAUCGCCCGAUUACCUCGCCACGAACGGCGUUGAACGAUGAUGAAGUUAACGGCGCCACGUGUGCGUCACGUUUGGAGUUUCGUGUUGCUUGGUGUACCUCUACCUCUUCCUCCCUCACCGAGAUAUUUAGCGUUGUUCAUGCUUUGACGGUGUUACAUUAUUGCAUUUUACUUUAUUAUGUUAUGCAAAUAAAUGUUGUUUUCCUAAUUCCA